GGUGUUGGGGGCGGAGCGAUCGUCCCUCUGCUGCUGUUGCACGCUCUUCCCUUUCCUCGUAGCCCCGGCGAGCACCUGAUUGACAGACGAUUUGGCCAGAUUUAGACUAUGCCCAGUCACCCUGACUCACUCCUCUCCUAAACCUCUGCUGAAGAUUUGGGUGCUCAUCAGUGAGCCCAGCAGGUCACAGGCAUGAAACAUGGCGUCCGUCAAGGUGGCAGUGCGAGUGCGUCCGAUGAACCGCAGGGAGAAGGAUCUGGAGGCUAAAUUUAUUAUUGAAAUGGAAGGCAAGAAAACAGCGAUUACCAAUAUAAAGUUGCCUGAUGGGAUCACCGGGGACUCCAGUCGAGAUCGCACAAAAGUAUUCACCUAUGACUUCUCCUACUUCUCGGCAGAUUGUAAAAACUCCAACUAUGUGUCUCAAGAACGGGUUUUCAGGGAUCUUGGCACGGAUGUCCUUAAGUCUGCAUUUGAGGGCUAUAAUGCCUGCGUAUUUGCCUAUGGACAGACUGGUUCUGGAAAGUCCUAUACUAUGAUGGGGAACACGGGCGAUUCUGGUCUAAUUCCCAGGUUCUGUGAAGGAUUGUUCAGUAGAAUUGCGGACGCUACCAGGAAGGGGGAUGCGUCUUUUCGUACAGAGGUCAGCUACCUAGAAAUUUACAAUGAAAGAGUAAGAGACCUGCUACGAAGAAAGUCAUCCAAGACCUUUAAUUUACGUGUUCGGGAACACCCCAAAGAAGGUCCUUAUGUGGAAGAUUUGUCCAAGCACUUGGUCCAGAAUUACAGUGAUGUGGAGGAGCUCAUGGACGCAGGGAAUAUCAAUCGUACCACAGCAGCCACAGGGAUGAACGAUGUGAGCAGUCGAUCCCACGCCAUCUUCACCAUCAACUUCACUCAGGCCAAAUUUGAUGCCGAAAUGCCCUGCGAAACGAUCAGCAAGAUUCAUUUAGUGGAUCUGGCCGGAAGUGAGCGAGCGGACGCUUCUGGUGCUACUGGUGUGCGACUCAAGGAAGGAGGAAACAUUAAUAAGUCUCUAGUAACUCUGGGAAAUGUCAUCUCUGCCUUAGCUGAUUUAUCUCAGGAUGCAGCCAGCCAUCUUGUGAAGAAAAAGCAAGUGUUCGUGCCUUACCGGGAUUCCGUCCUGACUUGGCUGUUAAAAGAUAGCCUGGGAGGAAACUCUAAAACCAUAAUGAUUGCCACUAUUUCGCCUGCUGAUAUCAAUUAUGGAGAAACCUUAAGUACACUUCGCUAUGCAAAUAGAGCCAAAAACAUUAUCAACAAGCCCACCAUUAAUGAGGAUGCUAAUGUCAGGCUAAUUCGUGAGCUUCGAGCUGAAAUCGCUCGCCUGAAAGCUUUGCUAGCUCAGGGGAAUCAGAUUGCACUUUUAGAUUCGCCAACUGCUUUAAGCAUGGAAGAAAAACUGCAGCAGAAUGAAGCUCGUGUUGAAGAAUUGACAAAAGAAUGGACUAACAAGUGGAAUGAGACCCAGAACAUAUUAAGAGAACAAACUCUCGCUCUCCGCAAAGAAGGGAUUGGAGUCGUUUUGGAUUCCGAGCUGCCACAUCUCAUUGGCAUUGAUGAUGAUCUUCUGAGCACCGGUAUCAUAUUGUAUCAUUUGAAGGAGGGACGCACUUACGUUGGACGAGAUGAUGCUGAAUCGGAGCAAGACAUUGUUCUGCAUGGUCUCGAUUUGGAAAGCGAGCAUUGUAUCUUUGAAAACCUUAAUGGCAGGGUGACCCUAAUACCGCUGAAUGGAGCCCAGUGCUCGGUGAAUGGAGUACAGAUCCUUGAGUCAACUCAACUGAACCAAGGUGCGGUUAUUCUCUUGGGAAGGACCAACAUGUUUCGCUUUAAUCAUCCAAAAGAAGCUGCUAAAUUAAGAGAAAAAAGGAAGAGCGGUUUACUUUCCUCGUUCAGUUUGUCCAUGACCGAUCUUUCAAAAUCAUGUGAAAAUCUCUCAGCCGUCAUGCUUUACAACCCCGGACUUGAAUUUGAAAGGCAACAAAGAGAAGAACUUGAGAAGCUGGAAAAUAAAAGGAAAAUGAUAAAAGAGAUGGAAGAAAAACAGAGAUCGGAAAAAGCUGAACUGGAAAAAAUGCAACAAGAAGUUGAGUCUCAGCGCAAAGAAACUGAAUUUGUCCAGCUACAAAUCCGUAAACAGGAAGAGAGCCUAAAAAGAAGAAGCAUGGAUAUUGAAACGAGACUGAAAGAUCUGUUGGACAAAAAGGAGAAAUUUGAAGAAGAGAGACUGAGGGAGCAGCAUGAAAUAAAACUCCAAAAGAAGAAACAAGAAGAAGAAUCUUUUGCAAAAGUCCAAGAAGAACUCCAGAGAUUGCAGGAACUUCAUAGUACAGAAAAGGCAGAGAAAAUAGAAAUUUUCAAAGAACUGGAGAAACUUAAAAAGGAGAAGGAUGAUCAGUAUCUGAAACUAGAGUUAGAAAAGCGAAGGCUGGAAGAGCAAGAGAGGGAACAAUUGAAGCUUGUGUUUCGGCUGGAGGAACAACUUAGAGAAAAACAGGAAAUGAUCCAGCUUCUUAAAAGAGAAGAUUUCCUGAGGCUGGAAGACGAGAUUCAGGUUCUUGAAGAUUUUAGGGAGGAUCUGUUGCGGGCCAAGGAAUCUAGGUCAGAAGGAGAAGAAGAUCCAGAUGAGGUAGAAAAAGCAACCAAUAAGUACACUACAUUUAAAAAAGUGCAGUUAGAGAAAUUGUCCAGUUUAGUGGAUGAAUUAAACCAACAAAAGGAGGGCUUGGAGCAUGAAAUAAUUGCGGAUCGGAAUACCCUUGGAAGAUUAAACCUUUCACACAUAGAUGACAUUAGAGGAGAUGAUUGUUCUUUGACAUCAACUCCUGUGAGUGAUGAGCGAGAUAUGAUAAAGCAAACUGAGCACAGGCUACAUUGUAAAGAGAGGCAACUUCAGUACAUAAACCAAAACCAUUUGCCGGCAUUGAUGGAGGAAAAGCAAAGGACAUCAGAGAUUCUGGACAGUGGUUUGCUUGGAUUAGACAAAACUUUAUAUCAGAUUGAGAAAGAAAUUGAAGAAAAGGCUGAUCAGCUAGCACAGUUCAGAGCAAGUAGUGACCAACUGCAACAACUCCAAGCAACUUUCGAGUUUACCGCUAACAUUGCUCGCCAGGAAGAGAAAGUGAGGAAAAAGGAAAAAGAGAUCAUUGAGUCAAGAGAGAAGCAGCACAGGGAGGCCUUGGAACAAGCAGUCGCUAAAUUGGAGCGUAGGCAUUCGGCACUUCAAAGACACUCUACAAUAGAUGUGGAAAUAGAAGAGCAAAAACGAAAACUUACUGAAAUGGACAGCUGCCAGGAACAUGCUGGUCUGCAGGCAAGUCUAGAAGCGGAACAAAGAGCUUUGGAGCAAGACAGGGAACGAUUAUCUCAGGAAAUCCAGCAGCUGAAGCAGAAGAUACAAGUCACUGAUCCACUUUCAAAAAAUCUGUCAGGAGCCCUAGAAGAAAAGCCGUCCCUUGCCAACUCCCCAGCAAGCCCAGUGAAAUCUCAGUCACAAUUGCUUCAAUUGACUGAUGACAGAAUCCAUGCUUAUAUUGAAGAAGAAGUACAAAGGCGGCUUCAAAAUAUUAAUUUGCCCAGUGAAGUCAUCAGCAGCCUGAGUAUGUCCUACUCUUCUGAAUCUGGAAAGGGGCCUGACAGUUUUCUGAAUGGAAUUAAUCAAAGGAAAAUGAAGUAUGAGAAAGUUCAACACCCUCUGGCAAAUCGUAGAAGGCUAUCUGUUCCCCAGAUCGGAGCAGAAUCCUCACCACCUACGAGAAUGGUGCUUCAUGAAAGACAGAAUCUGAAUCCCGUGACUGCUAAUUUAUAUUCUUUCUUCACACAAAAAUGUUCUGACUCUCAAGAGAAACAUUUGAAGGAAGAGAAUAAGAAAGGGAAAAAUAGAUCAUCCAUUAGUGAAUAUUUUGACUUUCUGUUUGACAGAGAACGUGAACCAAGUCACCUUCUCAGUAGUAAUCUCUCACACAGCAAAUGCGCUCAUCAAAAUAUCUCAUCUGCCUCUCAGCAAAUUCCUGCCAAGACCAAAGGGAAGCAUUUAGAAAGUGUGUCUGGUGACCGCGAUUUCUUUAAAAUGGAACCUGACCGGACUUUGUUCCAGGAGAUGUCCUCCUCCAAGAUGAAGACGCUUGAUAAUGAGCAACCCGAGUGCAAUGAUAUAUCUCACUGUAAUCUCUCUGAGACCAAUAUGUUUCCUGAAAAUGAUUUAAAGGAGAACAAGUGUUUCUGCCCAACUCACCAGGGUAUCCUCUUACAGCCUCACGUUUACCAGCGUGACUGUGAUCAGAGCAGCGAUAGCCCUUUGUGCCGAGCGUCAACACAUUAUAAAUACAGUUUGCAAAAUCUUUUUACCAAGUUUUCUUAUCUUUAUAAAGAGAGGCAGCUUCCCACUCUGCAAAAUGUUAUCGAGCAAGCCAAGACGAUAUGCAGCGUGCAAGUGGAUAGUGUCCAGAAUCUUCCAGGUCUUUCACGUAUUAAAGAUUUGCAGUUUGUGAAUUAUUUUCAAUCAGCACAGUCAAACAAGAAAGAAGGAGAGUCUGAAGUUCUGCAUCCUUACGAGAACAAGGUAAAAGUCUUCAACAUAGUUCCAACAAACACAAAGAGUACAGAUGGGGAGAAGCUAAUGCUGGUUGAGUUUUCUCCAGGGAAGGAAAAUGCAGUUGGUGGAAGACACCAUCUUUCGAAAUUUGAGGAUGAUGAGACAGAUGAUGUUAAUUUUUUGGCAAGUACGUUCUUGAAAUUUCCGAAUAAACUACUGGAACUAAGAAAUUGCUGCGCAGUUGAAAUUAUUGAUCACUUCCUCGCUACUGUGCCAAACCUGUGCAUCAAAAAGAACGAAUGUAGAUAUGUCUACUGGCUCUCUGUUGGUAAUAAGAGUCACCCAGAACCUCGACUUGCUUGUCUACUCUUGUCCAAAUCAGAUCUUAGCUUUAUAAUAUUUUCAGGUACUGAAUCAAUGUUUCUUUUUACUCUUCCGGUCCGUUCAUUGGAAGAGCUUCACAUCAGUUUCGGAGGACAAAGCCUACAGCUCCUCGGUUCCUUUGAGGACUCCCCCGUGACUAUAUUUACGUUUGACAAUAGCUGUACUCUGCAGCUAUGUCAAGUCUUAACAAAAAUGCAAGUGACGGAUUCAGACUAUGCCAAAUAUUGUAGUCAUCCACUCUUGAGUGGGGAUCUGAUGGAGUUGUCAACUGACUGGAAUGCAGAUGUCUCUGACCUUGUCUUCAAUAAUGGCUUCAAAGUGACAUGCACCUUCAAGAGCGCAUUAGCUGAUGUGGCGUAUCUUCUACAUGAAAAUACUAAUGGCUCAAAACCAGCAUUAGGAGACAUGCACUUAUUGCUUUACACAUCAGUUAGGGUAGACCAUAUGAAUGGGCAAUGUGUAUACAUGUCACUGGCUCUCACCAACGUAUCUAUUGCUCUUGUACUUGAUGGAGUUUUUCAGGCAAACUUAGACGUCAAGAGUCCGUCAUCAUCACGUUUUGACCAGAUAAAGCUGCAUUCUCUCAGUGACGUGAAAUGCAUUGUCUUAACAGAUCAGGAAGAUUUAACCAAAAUCACCAUUGUUUUUUCUAACACAGACAAGAAAUCUACAAUAGAGAUGAAUGAGAACGAAUUGCUUUCAGUUAUUUCGCAGUCAGACCUUAAAGAAAAUGUAUCUCUAACUAUAGAUGUGUGGAGACUGACACUAAGCUCAUAUAAACAUGCACUUUUUCUUAUAAGGCACUUAACUUUUUUGCAAUAGUAUAGUCCUAAAAAACAUACCACAACUUUUUUGUGGUGUGGAAGACAUUUAAGCUCGGCGCUUUUAUAAUAGUAUUAAGAGGAAUUUUUGCUGCCAAUUUGAUGUGUUAGCAGUUGUAGAAACUAAUUAGGAAAGUAGGACAGUUGUAUUAGGCUCCUCGUUAGGUAUUAUAGUAAGUCAUAGUAAAAAAAAAAAAAAAUGAAAACGUAAUAAAUACUAACCUCUCCUCUGUUUCUUAGCAUUUCCUUUCUAGGCUCCCAGGUUCAAAAUGGAAGGUGCAGGCAGCAGCUUGUUAGCGAUGUCACCAGCAAUGCCCACCCAGUGCAGUCUAUUAAAAGGGGUGAUCCGACACCAUAGCAGACCUCACAGUGGCUGUCCCCUGUGAUGCAAGGUCAGCGAUUGGCUGCACCGGUUACAUGCUUCCUACCACCACCAUUGUCAGAACAGAAUGUUGCUAUCAACGCAACAGGGAGGUGAAGAGCCGGGCGUGCAGCUCUAAAGGCCGAACCCAGUGGCGGGACCAGGUAAGUAUGAUCACUCCCCCAGAUCGGACAAUCUGUGAGGCCUGCUAUAGUGUUGGAUAAACUCUUUAAAGGACUUAGCAAAGGCUUAGGCUACUGGAGGGAAUCAUCAGCCUCAUACAGUAUGUGGCCAUGACAAGAACCAGGAUUGUGGUAGCAGUUUAAUACCACUAGUGUGAACCUAAAGGAGAGGAGGAGGUUAGGGAUGAGCAUAAGAGAUACCUGUAGACUGUCACACCAGACAUUUGCUUAAAAAAAAAGAAGAAAAAAAGGCCUAUCUUUCCUUGACUAAAACCAGUUUCGGAAAAGCACCCAUGUGUUUUACAAAGAGACCGCAAGGCAGUAUAUAAUGAAAAGCAUUUGUACUGCGCUUUUCUCACAGUCUCUCAUAGCGCAGCCAUAGUUGUAUGGCUGCGGCGACUCCCUGGGAACUUAGUGGCUGGUCGACCCCAACACACCGUGGAGAAGUGGAGACAGAAAUUAAAAGUGCAGUUUUCCGGUAUUGCACUGCAUCCUCUUCAGUGGUUACCUGCAAGCUGUCUGCUUUGUAGAGUUGGUGCAGGGUUAUUACAUCUCCUCCAUAUCAUUAGGACUAAGCAGUUGUAAUUACCAAGCACCGCCACAAUAAUGUCAACAGCUUGCAGAUAAACGUUAAAGAGGAAGCAAACAGCUGAUCGGCAGGGGUGCCAGGAGUCGUUUUUAAGCCGACACCCUCAAUUGCUUUUCAAUGACUUUUGUGACAGGAUAUCAUGGUGAGUUAA